GGGCCCCCGCGGGGGCGGCGGGGUCCCCCCGAGGGCGCGGCGGUGACGGCGCGGCUCGUUUCCCCCCCUCUCCCCGGUUGUCGGCUCCCCGCGCGGGGUGAGGGGCGGGCAGGUGGGCGAUGAAUGGGUUCAGCACCGAGGAGGACAGCCGGGAUGGGCCGCCCGCCGCCCCCUUUUACGGCCAGAGCUGCUGCCUCAUCGACGACGGGGACCGCUGCGUGCGCCCCGCCGGCAACGCGUCCUUCAGCAAGAGGAUCCAGAAGAGCAUCUCGCAGAAGAAGCUGAAGCUGGACAUCGACAAAAGUGUGAGACAUCUGUAUAUUUGUGAUUUUCACAAGAACUUCAUUCAAAGUGUGCGAAACAAAAGGAAGAGGAAGACGAGCGAUGAUGGAGGUGACUCUCCUGAGCAUGACACGGAUGUUCCAGAGGUUGACUUGUUCCAGCUCCAAGUGAACACCCUGAGACGUUACAAGAGGCAUUACAAGUUGCAGACUAGGCCUGGACUCAACAAGGCUCAGCUUGCAGAAACUGUCAGUCGUCACUUCAGGAAUAUUCCGGUAAAUGAGAAGGAGACACUUGCAUAUUUCAUCUACAUGGUGAAGAACAACAAGAGCAGGCUGGACCAGAAAUCAGAAGGCAGCAAGCAACUAGAUUGAAGGUUAACAAGACUUGGAAUAAGAGAGACCUUAAAGGAACAUAUGGUAUUGUGUAUUUUAGGUAUAUAAGAACUGUUAAAGUAUAUUGUAAAUUUUUUUUUUAAAUGCAGUGUCUGGAUGACAGAAAAAAUUAUUGACAUUCUUAUCAGGAGUAUUUGAAAACAUGUGCCCAACAUGUUUCCGAAGACUUCUUCCCCUCAUUUCAAAGUCACAUUGGAAUAAAGAAAUGAGGAUAAUGGGGAAACCAAGUAAA